UUAAAUAAUAAUAAUAAAAAAAAGGGUGUUGUUAAACGUCGUUCGCAUUUUACUAGGUGACGUUCACAUUUUUUAUAUGAAUUUCCUAAAUUGCCCUCCGUAUAUAAAUACUCGAUAAAGUAAGUUAGGGAUUUACGAGACAUUUCCCAUCUCACAAAAUCACUCUUUGACACAUUCUCUCUCUAAAACCUUCCAAAAAAUCAGAAAUUUUGAAAAAAAAAAAAAAUCAGAAAUUUUUUUUUAAAAAAAAAACCAAAAUAGUUGAAGGCUACUCAAACACAAGCAAAUCUUGCAAUCAAACGUUGAAUCCGACAAUGGCAGACCGACGGAGAAUUAGGCUGACGUUUGGUGGUCGUGGUGGCGGCGUUAGCGGCGGCGAGCCGAUUGAGGGUUCUGGUCCUCGUCAUGCAAGAUCAAGACGUUUGAAUGCGUCUGUUAGGAGGGAGUUAUGUGGUGCAGGACCUUCACAUGCACCGUUUCAGCAUGAGCAGCAGUAUGGGACUGCUGGUGCUUGGUCGGGGAGCACCAGUCACAGGGGAGCGCCCCCAUGUAUUCGUUUACUGGAGUGCCUUCAUCAGUUGAGGAUGAGGAUGAAGAUCGAGGAAGUCAAUCUGCUGGAGAUGCACAGUACGACCCUCAGGAUUACCGUACUGUGUAUAGGGGUGACCAUGGGAGAUAUGUUAGCAGUAGUGAACCAGGUCAAGCUUCUACCAGCUCGUCAGAGUCAUGGGUGGUGCAGGAGCCGAUGCCAGGUGGGCCUGAGGAUGGUACCGUUAUUCCGAGUUUUGGGGGUCACGUAUCUGCCUACAUAUGGGGUGGGCAGGAGCGAAACGUGCUGCGGUGUUUGAGAAGGACACAUUUGUGUUCUGAAUUGGGUAACUGGCGCGCUCGUCUUCCGCCGGAGCACCUGGAACCGAUUGAUGGCACUGGUCUAUCUCAUUUACCCGGGAUCAU